UCAGUGAAAGCAUGCGGUGUUUAGCUGCUGCGGCAGUGCUGAUGUUGUAGAAUUGUUGUUAGCUGCGAGCUGCCUUCAAGGACGAAAACCGGUGACAUCGUCUGUAAAUUCAUCAGACAUGGUGCAACCAGAGGUUUUCGCAAAGGUCCGUUGUUGGUGCGCCGCAUAGAAAACCGGGAUGGAGGUUGUGGUGUCCUUCGGAGCACAGGACAACGUUCUGCUGGCCAACAGCUCCGAGCAGGGGGCCAGCCGAUGGAAGCAUCCGGGCGAUGAUUCGGAUCGCAGCUCCAGUCCUUAUGUCCUUCGCUCUGUUGCUACCACGUGGAAGGAGGGUCUUCUCAACCGGAAACGGCCAUUCGUGGGCAGGUGCUGUCACUCCUGCACGCCUCAGAGUCAGGAGAGGCUGUUCAAUUCUAGCAUCCCCUCCCUUGGCCUGCGCAAUGUCAUUUACAUUAACGAAACGCACACCAGACAUCGGGGCUGGCUGGCUAGGCGGCUGAGCUAUGUGCUGUUCGUCCUGGAGCGUGACGUCCGAAAGGACAUGUUUGCCAGGAACGUGGUGGAGAAUGUUCUCAACAACUCCAGGGUGGAGAUCGCCACCACGGCGGUGGCUUCAGAAGACGGCCCGGUCGCCAUGGAGUCGGGAGCGGAGCAACGGGCCGUCGGCAAAGUCCGGCAGAAAGCCAGAGGGAUCCUGCAGGAAAUGGUGGCCAACAUAUCCCCUGCGUUCAUCAGGUUGACCGGGUGGGUGCUGCUGAAACUUUUUAAUGGUUUCUUCUGUAGCAUCCAGAUCCACAAAGGCCAGCUAGAGAUGGUGAAGAAGGCAGCCAUAGAGCACAACGCCCCCCUGGUAUUCCUGCCCGUGCACAAAUCCCAUAUAGACUACCUGCUCAUCACAUUCAUCCUGUUCUGCCACAACAUCAAGGCGCCACACAUCGCCGCCGGCAACAACCUCAACAUCCCCAUCUUCAGCACGUUGAUAAGGAAACUCGGAGGGUUCUUCAUACGUCGUAAGCUGGACGACCCUGCUGAUGGCAAAAAGGAUGUACUGUACAGAUCUCUGAUACAUGCGUACACGGAGGAGCUGCUCCGGCAGCAGCAGUUCAUGGAGGUGUACCUGGAGGGGACGCGCUCCCGGAGCGGGAAGCCGUCCCCGGCGCGGGCCGGCAUGCUGUCCUUUGUGGUGGACUCCCUCUGCAGCAGCACCAUCCCCGACGUCCUCAUUGUCCCCAUCGGCAUCUCCUACGACCGCAUCAUCGAGGGGAACUACAACAGCGAGCAGCUGGGCAAGCCCAAGAAGAAUGAGAGCUUGUGGGGCGUGGCCUGUGGAGUGUUCCGGAUGCUUCGCAAGAACUACGGGUGUGUCCGGGUUGACUUCACCCAGCCUUUCUCCCUCAAGGAGUACCUGGACACUCAGAGAAGUCGGCAGCUCCCAGCUCCUCUCUCCCUGGAGCAGAUCCUGGUUCCCACCAUCAUCGCCGCACAGCCCGACCAGCCUCUCGUCAACGGUGAGGAAGAGGAGCAUGGCUCCAGGGCCCUGUCGGAUGAGCACUGGAGGAGGCAGGUCAUCAACAACCUGGCCAAGCAUGUGCUCUUCACCGCUAACAAGUCCUCAGCCGUCAUGUCCACGCACAUCGUGGCCUGUCUUCUUCUGUACCGACACAGAGAGGGUGUGGUGCUGUCGAAGCUGGUGGAGGACUUCUUCAACAUGAAGGAGGAAAUCCUGUCGCGGGACUUUGACCUGGGCUUCUCUGGAAACUCGGAGGACGUGGUCAUGCAUGCGCUGCAGCUCCUGGGUAACUGCGUCAACGUGACGAGCGCCAACCGCAACACCGAGUUCAUCAUCGCGCCCAACACCACCGUCAACGCCCUGUUCGAGCUCAACUUCUACAGCAACGGCCUGUUCCAUGUCUUCAUCGCCGAUGCCAUCAUAGCAUGCAGUGUGCUGGCCUUGCUGAGAGAGCCAGCUGAGGGGACGGAGCAGGGCUCGCCGAGGACACUGGUCAGUCAGGAGCAGCUCAUCAGAAAGGCCGCAGGACUCUCCCAUUUCCUGUCCAACGAAGUCGCUGUGGCGUUACCCUGCCAGAUGAUUUAUCAGGUGUUUCAUGAUGCCGUGACCCGGUUGAUCCAGUACGGCGUCCUGUACGUGGCAGAGGAGGACCAGGAGGAGCUCAGUCCCAGCCCCACUGAGGAGCCCUGGCCCAAGAAGUUCCAGGAACCCCUGUCCUGGCGCAGCGACGAGGAAGACGAAGACAGCGACUUCGGCGAGGAGCAGAGAGACCGCUACCUGAAGGUGAGCAUGUCUUCGGAGCACCAGGAGUUCUUCACGUUCCUGCAGCGGUUGCUGAGCCCGGUCCUGGAGGCGUACAGCGGGGCGGCCAUCUUCGUGCACGGCCUCCAGCGGCCCGUGAAGGAGAGCGAGUACACCCAGCAGCUGUUCAGAUACCUGCUGACACGCACCGAGAAGAAGGUGGCCGCGUUCGGGGAGAGCGCGACGCACUACCUCGUGAAGAACACAGUGAGAACAUUCAAGGAACUGGGGGUCCUGAAAGGGAGCCGCGAGAACAAAGUGGCGCUGCUGGAAGUCAGCAGCACCUUCCUACCUCAAGCAAACCGAACAAAGCUCCUUCAGUACAUCCUGGAUUUCAGCCACUUGUAAAGCGUGACACACGACAGCACCCACACACACCCACUCCCACACACACACACACACACACACACACACACACACUCUCACACACACAAAUACACACACAUGCAAAUACAUGCAAACACAAAUAUUCUGCAAAAAGGGCUUUUGCUGGCUAGUUUUAAAAAAGGUGCUAUUCUAUGGCAAAGCUUUACCAGGAAGUGCCUUCACAAAAUGAAUUUAUGGGAUAAUAGGCUUCUCUUCAGUCUUCCUCCGGAUUAGACAUUCAAAACGUGACGUGCAGCUAAUUGCUUGGAGCAGUACUUCCGAACCACCUGUAGUCCCUGAAUGUACAUUAGCGCGUCUUCGCCAGUGAAAGCCCUAGCUUUUAAUCACUUCCUUCUUUUAACCGCGAGAAUGAGGUUUUAUUCAUCUCUGCUGUUUGUCCUCGCUCAUUAGGACAUGAACGUCAUGCUUUGCACGGAGCCGGUUACCUUCAGUGUAUCAAAAAAGUAAGGUGAAGAUGCACUACCAUCAUAAUUUUGACUGUUAUGAAUGGUGAUAAUGAAUGACGAUUAUCAAGGGCAUUUUAUUCAGUUUGCUUUCAAAGCAUGUCUCUAGGAGAGUAAAAACAAACUGCUUCAGGUUUUCUGUUAUGGUGGUAACUCCAGGAACUGUAAAGCUGACUCUAGACUCAAGGGCAUCUCGCUGCCUGAGAUGCUGUGUUGUGUCUUGUCAAAGACUAGUCUUGCUUUCUGGGGCUUGGAGUUUGAGUUCUAGAUGUUGUGGUUGUCGAAGCGGUAUUAGACUCAAUGUGCAGCUGAGAUAUUGACAUGGUGAUAUCAACUGCAGAGGAAAUACGUUUUGAUAUUCAAUGUGGUCUGUAGUAUUUCCAAUGAAAAGAACACGAGCUGUGCUAUCCUAUUAUUUCUGCCAGUCUGUUGAGUAAUGCCAUUAUUAACGCCCAAACAACCUGUUACAUUCGGUCAGACUUGCCGUAGCAUUACAUAAACAAUGUGUGUUGUUCGGGAGUACGUUCUAUCAAUGGUACGCAACAGUGCAAAUACAAUGUGAGUGUUAUUUGGGUGUGCAUUCUGUCAAUGUCACUACAAUGUUAGCUUAACGAUGCAAGUGUGUAGAUCGGAUUUAGAUUCCGCCAGCUUUGCUACAAUGCUAUAUAAACACUCAAACAGCUAUAUAAUGAUGUUGGGUGUAACCAGCUAGCAUUUCUUAGCAAGUGCAUAUGUGUAGGUUUCCAUUGAAUUCUCAAUGUUGUAGUUCCUUUUGAUAUUUGAGAAGAGUGUAUUAGCAGUGUUGGGAUUUUCUUUUCAGUUUUAAAUGUAUCAGAGUAGCCUUACUGUGGUUCACUGGUACAUUAAACACUCGAUCCUGAAGAUGGAUGGAAACCUUCCGGGAGGUCUAUACUUACCAACUGCUUUCUGUCCUUUCUUUUUGCACUGUUUAAUAUUUGAGUUAACUGUAGAACUCUUUGAUUGGUCGAGGUGUGAAAGGGGAGGAGACUACAAGUGAGCUUCGCCCAUAAGAGGGACUGAAGAAAGUCGUAAAAUUUGCAGAACCACAAAUGCUGCUUAAGGCAGACUCCCUUGAAUGUGAACUUUGAAGAUUGUCAUGCUAGUUGUCCACAUCAGUACGACUUAUGUCAGAGAGCAUCAGUGCCCAGGCAGUGAGACAGAUGCUCAACAUUGAAAAAUGUGGCCCACAAAAAAAGUUACAUGUAGUUACAUUUUGUAACAUUACUCUUAUGCUUACAGUACAUUUCAGUUGUUGCCACAGCCACGUGAGCCCUGGUAAACCUAGGUUUCCCUAAGCUGCCCCUAACUUAAAACCAACUUCAGAAACAAUUGGAAGAGUUAUAGGAUUGGAUGAAGUGUGCAUGUGAAUGUGAUCGAUGCACCUCUGUAGUCAUCUUGUGAUUAUGAACUCUGAAAUUGUUUUUUUUUUUAUCGUUAAAGUACCGCAGGAAAAAAAGUCUUGAGGCACUUGCAGUUUCAGUAAUGAUAAUUGAACAUUUAUGCAUAAUGUUUAGCCACAUGCUGACUCUCAGCUACAAAAGACGGAUGUGUUCAUCCACUUUUCAGUAGGAUGGCUGCGAAAAGGCAUCUGGUUAGUUUACUGCUUGAUAAUGAUAGAGAAGCGCAUUGAAUAUAUGACAGCCUUAAUGGCUUCUAUUUGUAAUCAGUCCAAAAAAAAUAUGAAUAAUGAUAAUAACUUCAACUGCAGGAACAAUACAUCCAUAGGUUCCUGCACAGGAAAAAAAAAAGAAAUGUGAUUGAAUCAUGAUUCUUAUUUGACACAUGCCUAUACCAGUAGAACUGUUGAAUCCGUUAAAUGUUCAAAUUGAGUGUUAAGUAGUGAUGUCCUUCAUUGACAAUACCGAGCAUUUGCAAAGUGCAAAGGAGUGACUAUCAUUGAGAUGAGAUUGGAAGUCACUAAAGUCUGGGGAAAUAUCUUGUAUGGUGUAACUGUGGUGUGGUCCGGUCCUUGUAGAGGCCAUUGUGACUUUGCAAUAGAUCACUAUUGCAAAGUCACAAUCAUAGUAUUGUGUAUAUUAGUGAUGCAGUAUGAAUAGAACCUAGGACCGAUAAGGUACAUGUUUGUGUUUGAGACAUAGGAACCUGUUCUUCAGCAUUUGAAAAGUAUGUUUUUGGAUUUUUCUUUUCCCCCAAAAUCAUGUCAUGUUCAAAAGUCAUGUCAUGUCCAAAGUCAUGUUCUAGAACUCUGCUUUCAGUUGCCUGUAGUGAUUGAUACAUCAGCCUUUGUUAAUUGAACAUUUAACCCUUUUAUGAUCUCACAUCUUAAAUGGAUAAAAGUUACACCAAGCCAUAGUCACACAGAAAGUGCUUGCUACUUGGUCUCGUCCCUCAAGGGCUAGUGUGAGUUAAGUCACAGGCCCCCAAAUUAGGUGCAUUGCUGCACCGAGUGGCUACCAGUUGUCACCAAUGAGGCCUGUGUUAAGCCUUUUGUCUGUGUUAUAGUACAUACACCUGCAGUAUGUGGACCAGUGUGUGUUAUAGGAGUGCACAAGCUUCAACUGGAGUUAUUUUUGCUAGAGUAGAAAUGACACGGCACAAAGUUGGGUAGCACAACUUAAGGUCCGUUACAAAUGUCAAAGAUUUGGCGAGAGAACUUCAUGAGCUUGGCUACCCGUAGCAAUCUGUUUUCCCUCACUCUGUCUAAAGGAAGGGUGGCUUUGGUUUGAUGAAAGGUUCUGAAGGUUAAUGUAUCUAUGCACCCUAUAUACAUCACACAAAACAUUUCAGUGAAGUAGUCCAUCUUGCAUCAGCAAAAUAAUGGCUGUGCGCUUCCUCUCAGAUUUUAGCAUAGUGUGCAGUUAACAUAUGUUAACAUCUGCGCAUAACAUAGGUUAUGUGGCUCCGGGGUGUAGAUUGGGUGGGUCCAGGGUGGAUGUUGGGUAGAGACUGGAUCGAAGACCGGUUGCAAUUUUUCCAGCCCUCCGCAAAAGGCCUAUGUUAUUACUGUCCAGUUCACUGCAGUCCCGAGUACCACUAAAUUUAUUAAACUUGGGUUUGCGAUGAAGUCACCGUCAAUUGAAUCAGGGGAUGAUUAGGUGUCAAGACCUAAUAAAUCAAAUUUACCUGAGUCCAACCCGAAAACCAACUUAACCAACCAACUCCAGCUCCCCAGAAGGACUUAACCUCAUUUUCGACCAUUUUAACACGAUUAGGUAAUUUCAGCCCUUCCUGCAAUCAGCCCCUUAGAUUUCCGCUUGUGAUUGUAGAGGCUGGCUGGCAGCCAGAGGGAUGGAAAACUCGGCAGGGAUGAGGGUCAAUUGAACAAAAUACAAUAUUUUGGGGAAAAAAUACAAUGACCUGCGUAUUUGCUGAGGGGAACCUAAUUUAUCAGCAGGCACAAACAAAAAUAACUGCAGUGCUAAUUUUGUCUCCUUACGUACUUGUUCUUGCACUUAAAAUUAAGUAGACAAAGCAAUAAUGAACGGUGUCAUUUUCUUAUAGCACACACUUCAAACACAUCACGCAUACGUACACAUGCUCUCGGCAUAUUACGCACGCGCACACUAACAAAAUCGCACACACAUGCACAUACACUCUCUAAACACUGUAAACUGUAGGUAAAUAAUGUAUGAUGUAGUUGGUAAAUGUAAAAAGUUGUUCUCAUUUUGAGCUGAAAGGUUAGUCUGUGAAAGGGCAUGCUCCGGCACCAUGCGCGACCAAUCCGGUCUCUUGACGAAAGCUCGUCACUGGUCACUGUGAAUGUGAGUCACACUGAAGGCAGAACGACGCGUUCAGUCAUUAUUUCAUGGCUCUUUUCUUUUAAUCUUCCGAGAAUUAACUGCCGUGUUAAUGUUUCAUUUGUUUUGCAUGGUUUAAAAAAAACGCACCGUAAUCUAACCUUGAAAUGAAAAGAGCCUCUUGAUUACAGAAUCAUGGUGAUGCACAUGUAUGUUUUUUUGUUUUGUUUUGGAUAGGUUUAUUAAUUUAUAUCCAGGUUUUGUUUACUGUAAAUUCAUUACUUCAUUGUCACUGGUCGUAGGUUAAUCCAAUGUUCUAGCACAGUUAUGAGGAUUGUUUUGUUUUUAAAUAAAUGAAUGAUAGAGCUACA